CCCUUUGAAAUCCUAGCUUCUCCUGUCGUACACAUACUGAGGCUGAGUUUGUCUUUUACUUUACAGUCAUGAAGGUGGAGGAGGAGAAGGCUGGGGUGGGGAAGCUGGACCCUGCGAACUACAGGAGGCAAUGUCAGGACCAGCAAGACGGCCAUUCCAUCCACGUUGGGCUUUCAGUCCCCAGUUACCUUCAAAGGAAGAGAGACCAGAAGGGACAUCCCGCAGGCCAGCAGAAGGUCUGCUGGGGCCUGUGGCCGGACAGGGACCAGACCGGCAUGGGGAGCAGGGCCAGCAGCGGGGACAGCGGUGUGGAUCGUGCCAGCAGGACCCGGCCUCCAGCUGCUGAGCAGCUCCAGGACAUCCUGGGGGAGGAAGAUGAGGCUCCCAACCCCACCCUCUUCACAGAGAUGGACACUCUGCAGCACGACGGAGACCAGAUGGAGUGGAAGGAGUCAGCCAGGUGGAUAAAGUUUGAAGAAAAGGUGGAGGAAGGAGGCGAACGCUGGAGCAAGCCCCACGUGGCCACGCUGUCCCUGCACAGCCUCUUCGAGCUCCGCACCUGCCUGCAGACGGGAACGGUGCUGCUCGAUUUGGACAGCGGCUCCUUACCGCAGAUCAUAGAUGACGUCAUCGAGAAGCAAAUCGAGGACGGCCUGCUGCGGCCGGAGCUCCGGGAGAGGGUCAGCUACGUCCUCCUGCGGAAACACCGGCACCAGACCAAGAAGCCCAUCCACCGCUCCCUGGUGGACAUCGGGAAGUCCGUCUCCUCCCCCACCAGCCGCAGCCUCGCCCGGAGCCCCCCGGCCGGCCCCAGCCUGCACCGCUCCACCCAGGACCUGCGGCUGCAGCCGAGCGUGAGCUACGGCCACCUGUGUCACGUCCAGAGCAGAAGCAUGAGUGACAUUCCUCGCACCCAAAACCCAGACCAGCGGAAAAACAAGUUCAUGAAGAAGAUCCCCAAGGACUCAGAAGCCUCCAACGUGCUGGUGGGGGAGGUGGACUUCCUGGACCAGCCCUUCAUCGCCUUCGUGCGGCUCGUCCAGUCGGCCAUGCUGGGAGGGGUGACCGAGGUGCCCGUGCCCACCAGAUUCCUGUUCAUACUGCUGGGACCUUCUGGGAGAGCGAAGUCCUACAAUGAGAUUGGCCGAGCCAUUGCCACCCUCAUGGUAGAUGAUCUCUUCAGCAGCGUGGCCUACAAGGCCCGCAGUCGGGAAGAUCUGAUCGCUGGCAUCGACGAGUUUCUGGACGAGGUCAUCGUCCUUCCCCCCGGAGAAUGGGACCCCAAUAUCCGCAUCGAGCCCCCCAAGAAGGUGCCCUCCGCAGACAAGAGGAAAUCCGUGUUCUCCCUGGCCGAGCUGGGCCAGAUGAACGGCUCUGUGGCGGGAGGCGGUGCGGCCGCAGGAGGCGGCCCUGGAGGUGGCAGCGGCGGUGGCGGGCUCGGCGGAGGGAGCAGCACGGAUGACGGAGAGAUGCCCGUCAAGCACGAAAUCGGGGAGGAGCUUAUCUGGACAGGAAGGUGCUUUGGUGGCCUGUGCCUGGACGUCAAGAGGAAGCUGCCCUGGUUCCUCAGCGACUUCUACGAUGGCUUCCACAUCCAGUCCAUCUCCGCCGUUCUCUUCAUCUACCUCGGCUGCAUCACCAACGCCAUCACCUUCGGAGGGCUCCUGGGCGAUGCCACUGACAAUUACCAGGGGGUGAUGGAGAGCUUCCUGGGCACUGCCAUGGCCGGCGUCCUGUUCUGCCUCUUCUCGGGACAGCCGCUCAUCAUCCUGAGCAGCACGGGGCCCAUCCUCAUCUUCGAGAAGCUCCUCUUCGACUUUAGCAAAGGCAAUGGCCUGGACUACAUGGAGUUCCGCCUCUGGAUUGGCCUGCACUCAGCCAUCCAGUGCCUGGUCUUGGUGGCCACGGAUGCCAGCUUUAUCAUCAAGUACAUCACCCGCUUCACCGAGGAAGGCUUCUCCACCCUCAUCAGCUUCAUCUUCAUCUAUGAUGCCAUCAAGAAGAUGAUCAGUGCCUUCAAGUACUACCCCAUCAACACGGACUUUAAGCCUGACUCCAUCACCUCCUAUAAGUGCGAGUGUGUCGCUCCGGAUACAGUGAACAUAACCGGGUUCAAUGCCUCAGCCCUGCUGCCACCAAACACCAACACUUCUCUGUACAACCCCCUUAACCUCACAGCGCUGGACUGGUCCCUGCUGAGCAAGAAGGAGUGUCUGAACUACGGUGGGCGCCUGCUCGGGAACUCCUGCCAGUUCAUCCCCGACCUGGCACUCAUGUCCUUCAUCCUUUUCUUCGGGACGUACUCUAUGACCCUCACCCUGAAGAAGUUCAAGUUCAGCCGCUAUUUUCCUACCAAGAUCCGGGCCCUGGUAGCUGACUUUUCCAUUGUCUUCUCCAUCCUGCUGUUCUGUGGAAUCGAUGCCUGUUUCGGGCUGGAAACCCCCAAGCUGCAUGUGCCCAGUGUCAUCAAGCCCACACGGGCAGACCGAGGCUGGUUCGUGGCCCCUUUUGGGAAGAACCCGUGGUGGGUGUACCCAGCGAGCAUCCUGCCUGCCCUGCUUGUGACCAUCCUGAUAUUCAUGGACCAGCAGAUCACAGCCGUCAUCGUCAACAGGAAGGAAAACAAGCUGAGGAAGGCUGCCGGCUACCACCUGGACCUGCUCUGGGUGGGCCUCCUCAUGGCCCUGUGCUCCUUCAUGGGGCUCCCCUGGUACGUGGCGGCCACCGUCAUCUCCAUCGCCCACAUCGACAGCCUCAAGAUGGAAACCGAGACCAGCGCCCCCGGGGAGCAGCCCCAGUUCCUGGGGGUCAGGGAACAGAGAGUGACCGGCACCAUCGUCUUCGUCCUGACGGGAAUCUCCGUCUUUCUGGCUCCUGUCCUCAAGUACAUCCCCAUGCCCGUGCUGUACGGCGUCUUCCUCUACAUGGGCGUGGCCUCCCUGAACGGCAUCCAGUUCUGGGACCGCUGCAAGCUCUUCCUGAUGCCGGCCAAGCACCAGCCGGACCACGCCUUCCUGCGGCACGUGCCCCUGCGCCGGAUCCACCUCUUCACGCUGGUGCAGGUCCUCUGCCUGGCCGUGCUCUGGAUCCUCAAGUCCACGGUGGCCGCCAUCAUCUUCCCGGUCAUGAUCCUGGGCCUCAUCAUCGUCCGGAGGCUGCUGGACCUCGUCUUCUCCCAGCACGACCUGGCCUGGAUCGACAACAUCCUCCCAGAGAAGGAGAAGAAGGAGACAGAUAAGAAGAAAAAGAGCAGGAAAGGGGUCCAUGAGGACAGUGACAAGGAGGGAAAAGAUCUUCCAGUUGGAGUUACUCGUUCUGACUCUUCCUUCAGUGACUCAGAACUUGACCGAAGCAUCACCUUGCACUUCAAAAUUUCCUGUCCUGCUUCACCUGCUUUCAGCUACUCUCAGAGGCCAGUGUUCAUGGUGCCGCAGGUGAAGAUAGAGAUGGAGUCAGACUGUGACUUCACAGACAUGGACAUGUAUGGAAGAGACGCUGUCGGCGAGACCUCCCUCUAGGAGGACACAGAGUCCCCAGAGGGGGACAGGGGGGGGGGGGCAGAGGGAGGGCAUGGUUUAGUCUUUAUCCUGAGGGCCUGGGCCACAACCCUGAACUUCUCAGAGCCCGUUUCCUUAUUUACCCAACAGUCAUUAUUCCAGUUGAUAAAAAACUGGGAAUCGUCAAUGAAAAGCACUACUUAGGUGCAAAAUCUCCCCUUUCCUUUGUAGUUAUGCAAUAACUAAAGCAACAUGUUAUACGUUAUUUUAAAAUGCAAGUCAGCAUAGAAAUUAUAACGUUUCUUUUGAAGAAAAAAAAAGGCUUACCUCCCAAAACUGUGGUUAAAGGUGCAACAGUCCAUUUUUAUUGAAAAUAGGGUUUUUUGUUUUUUUUUAAGUGUCUAGAUCUAGAUGAUUUUGAAAGAAUUAUUAAAAUACCUGCUCUUCAGUAGAGCAAGGCUGAAAAAUUCAUCUUGUAAUUUUUCACAAUACAAGGAAACACUUCAAAGUCCUAUCUUUCUACUCCAUCUCGUUCCAUUUGCUAAGGAUCGUUCAAAAGGCCUGACCUCUCUGCAUAACGGGCCUUGCUCCAGCACAGAAGUGUGACUGGGGCUUUCCCAGACCGAAAAGUCUGUUAAUAAAAGAACCAACACACUGGAGAGCAUAAAUAUUUUUAAAAUAGAGUAAAACCUCAAACCACGUUAAAUCAACAAAAUGAUCCUCUGAAUUAACAUCACUGGUUUUUCAUGCCCAGAAUCGAAUGUCAGGACUCGUGGGUAGGUCCUUCCUGCAAGUUUUCAAUGGCCCCAUCCCAAAGUCAAACUCCCAUUCACAUCAACAUUGCAGUUGGGCAGAGCUGAUGUCAAAUUUGGAAAGAUUAUAACUUUGUAAUAUGAGACUAAUGCUUUCAAGGAAUGAUUGGAAGCAAGUUGGGUGGAUUAAAACCCAUCAUUAAUGAAGCAAAUCCUUUCCUCAAGGAACAAGAUCAGUCUUUAUCUUUAAUCCAUGUUUAGCCAACACCAACCAAGUUUUCAUUUAACAACUACUAUGUGCCUAAUAGCCACAAUGCACCUGACUUAAAACAACUAGGAUUUGAAUCUUUGAGUAAAUCACUUUGGUUACAUUUAUUCAAGGUGACAAAUGCAGGUGCUCUUUCUUUAUUCCUACUUUUUAGACAAAUGACACUAGAUUGUUAACAACUUGAGUCAACAGAACAGUUAAAGGUUUCUGUAAUUCCUAAAGCCUCGUAGUGACUGGCCCACAGAAAGCUCUUACUUGUUUAUUAAAUUAAAUCUCAGAGCUCCCUUCCAGGGGAUACUGCCAAGAGGUAAAACUCUAAACCUGUUACUUCUAUAGCAGCUGAAUUACUUCGCUGCCCACUAAUCUAGAAGCAUCACCUGAGUUUAAGUAUAAAGUCUUUAUCUUCAUCUGUACCUAUCCUUGGGGAGCUAACAACCUACCCUUAACAUCUCACUGUUAAAACUUGGCUGAUUUUUAGUAGCACUUUGUCCAAAUUGAAUUGUAGAAAUGUUAUGGAUUCAGGAGUAAAUGUGCUGGAUUAAUCAAACAAACUGAAAAACCACAAUGUUAAUUUUUUUGUUCUGUAAAUUGAUCAGUGUAAUUUUCACCUCAUAUGUCAUUUAUAUUUUGUAUAUACACUAACAUUUUAACAUUUUAGCUUUGAACAGGGUGACAUGUUACUUCUCCGUUCGGGUCAGUCCAUUUUCCCGCUGUAACUGCAGUUCAAUAAAAUGUAAUCCUGUCUGCUCA